ACCGCUGGCUACAAUGGUAAAAGUGCGUGCUCGCUCCCGCUGUGUAGCGACAAGAUGGCGGUCGCCGCCGGAUCAGGCGUUAAAGUUCCUCGCAAUUUCCGGCUCCUGGAAGAGCUGGAGGAAGGUCAGAAAGGUGUGGGAGAUGGAACGGUGAGCUGGGGCUUGGAGGAUGAUGAGGACAUGACCUUAACACGAUGGAGAGGGGUGAUCCUUGGCCCCCCAAGGACAAGCUAUGAAAACAGGAUGUACAAUCUGAAGGUUGAAUGCGGGCCAGGAUACCCAGAAUCACCACCUUUUGUCAGAUUUGUGACAAAGAUAAACUUGAAUGGCGUGCACACCUCCAACGGUGUGGUUGACAUGCAUGCAGUGUCUGCGCUGGCCAAGUGGCAGAACUCCUACAGUAUCCGGAUGGUGCUGCUGGAGCUUCGACGGCUCAUGACCUGCAAGGAAAACAUGAAGCUUCCUCAGCCACCUGAAGGGCAGAUCUACACCAACUGAGCCCCUGCUACUUUUGACUCCAUGUUUUCUUUUUGUUUCCCACUUGUUCCUCUCUCUGUUUUGCUUUCAUCCCUUUAUCCCAUCCCCCGCCAUGUGACAUUCCACCUCCUAUCAACACCUUGGCUGAAUGCACACACAACAGAAAACUUAUGAAUACAAGCAGAUACAUGCAGACGUACACACAGACACUGCUGUAAACACA